AUGGAAAACAUUAUAUUUCAAAACAGAAACUUCACCAAAACGCGACUGAGAUCGCUCUAUUCUGAUUUCUCGCAUUUGAAGGAAACAAAUCCGGAGGGAUACCAGGCUAAUCUGGAUGCCUGGAGGUCCUUACUCACCAAUCCAGACACUCCGAUAUACGACAACCAUUGUGUUGUUGAUCUGGAGAAACUCAAGAAGAAGCUCUUUUUGGAGCAAUAUGGUCAGCCGAAGGGUCUUGAGCUUGUUUUGAAGGAGCUGACGAACCAGGGCGACUUUGUUGAUCUGAGCAGGUUCGAGUCUCAAAAGAACAGUGUUUACGAGAGAUCGUGGACUGUGGGAACUCUGUUUCAUUGGUUGGUAGGUCCGAAUAUAAAACAUCUGGUCUGUAUUCGGUGCCUGGAGAGUCUGGGUGACAAAAUAGCCAGCUUAUUGAACAAGAAUGUAUGUCUACACCAGGAGCAGUUGGAGGAGAUGAUCAACGCCACGCUAUAUGUGCCUUUGAGUAAAGAAGAUCUAAAGUGUCUUCUGCUGUUUUUGUCGCGCGACAAAAAGAGAAUAUCUUUGGAUAAUGGAAUAGUGAAAUAUCCAAAGACAGAGGUUGUUGCUACCGAUUUGGCACAGGCUGAUCUACGGUACACCAUAUGGGGUUUGGAGAAACAGAUAGAGAGGACUUCUUUGAAGAUUGCCCAGAUCAAGGAAAACGCUCUGACUUACUUGGAAAGAGGCGACAAGGUCUCGGCACGGUCGUCUAUUCACCUCAAACGGGUGUUUGAGAAGUCUUUGGAGAAUUCCAACGCAUCGCUGAUCAAGGCCACGGAGAUCCUGGAACAUAUUGAAAGUGCGCAUGUGAAUUUAUCGUUUGUCUCGACGCUACAAAGUGGCUUGUCAGCUCUCAAGAGCUUGAACGAUAAGUUCGAUGUGGAAGACAUCGACAAAAUCAUGACCGAGAUGAAGGACAUGGAGGUCCCCGAAGUGACCGUGGAGGAGGACCAGGAUGUGGAGGAGGAAUAUGAGAAAAUGCUAAAAGAAUCCGCGAGGGUUUCGCAGAGUCCGGGAAUGGGUACUGACUUCGAAGACGCAGAACUUAUCGACCGUUUGGAGGCAUUAAGGGUUGCAGACCGAACAACCAAAGUUGUGCAGGUCAGAAGUUCUGAAGACUCGGCAACGGCAUUACCUGCGUGA